CCUGCAGGCCCUUAAAGAAGGUGCACAAGUCCCAAAAAUUACCGUAGAAAGUGUUUGGAUCCUCCGAGGUCGUGAUCUUCUUGCGCUCAGCUCGGCAACUGCGGGCGUGAUUUGUGCCAUAGAGGCUCAGGGUUUGGUACAGAAUGCGACUCUCUGCUCUGAACAAGUUGGAGAAGGACUAAAUGUUGGAAUCAAGCAAGGAGAGCCGCUAGUGAGAGUUUUGGUCAAUACGGCCAACUUGGAAGAUAUGGACAAGCUUAAAGAGGAUCUCAAAAUGCUGGCUGUGCUAGAUCCAAGCCUUAGGAUAUAGCUGGAUAGUGGAGAGCUGGCCAUGAUGACUGCUGGUGAGGUACAUUUGCAGAAAUGUUUGAAGGAUCUUGAAGAUCUUGGAUUCAGCGAUUUGGAAGUUUCGAAGCCAAUCGUACCAUUCUUGGAGACAAUUGUGCCAGAUCCAUCGUUAACAAGUGCUCAAAUACAAGAACAGACCACUGAAUGUCAUCUCAAAAGUGAUUCUCUCUACAUUCGCCUAAGGGUUGCUCCACUUCCAGAUGAAGUGGUAUCUUUGCUUGAACAAUCAGCAGAUACAUUGCAAGUCAUACGAAGAGGACAUGUGGAUGAAGCGACAUUGGCAAGCUUUAGGUAAAC